UUUCCCUUUGUUUUUAUUCCGUGAUAAAAAGGGUCCUCACACCCAAAUCUACAAGCUUGCUUCUGAAUAUUCAGGAAUAAUCUGAAUUAGUAAAAAUGGUGCUGCAAUGACUUGCAAAGUCUCUGGAAUCAUCAUUAAAACACAAUACAGCUGGAUACAUCCAUCUUGUGUUGUGCAAUCUGUGUGUGUCUCCUGGCCGGUGAUGGACCAACAGCAGUGUGUGAGUCCUGCAGUGUGUGAGUAAUGGCCCAAAGGACAACCUGGACCCACGAAAUACAAUACAGGUCGCGCGCCACAUAAUUCACUAUUUCUCAUAUAUUUGUGAUGAUUUUAGGUUGUAGAAAGUCCUCUUCACAAAUAGGAGGGUUAAGGGAGAGCAAUGGCAAGCAAUCAGAGAGAUGAAGGUAUACGAGUGUGGGCGAGGGGACAACAGGGAGAGGAGGAGAACUGUGGAGUUCAGUCACUUCCGCACCAUGUGAGCUAACGGGACUAAAGCUCAUUUACUCCCGCGGUUAAAGCCCACAUCCUCCGGGAGAGAGCAGCAGCCCGGCACGGUCAGAGGACGCGAGAGUCAGCGGCAGCGGCAGCGUGCGCGCAGCGGAGUCUCCCAGCGGUUGAGGGCGCAGACCUGCCGCUAACAUGACAUCGGACGUGGCCGUGUCUCUGUUGGUGCUCGCGGGGAUCGUCGCGCUGAGCGACGCGACCCGCAGGUUGAUGACCAGGGCCCUCGCGGACACCGGGCUCUCCGUGUACGCGGUGGAGCUCGUGUCCACCUUCCAGCUGUGCUGCUGCACGCACGAGCUGAAGCUGCUGGCCGACGUGGGCGGAAUCGAGCCUCGCCUCGCGCUCACCUUCACGUACCUUGCGGCGGUGGUGCACGGGCUCACCUUCGGCGGGGCCACAGGCAACCCCUCCGGCGCGCUCGAGCACGCGUACCACGCGAGGUUCUCGGCCGGGUGCGCCCUGCAGCGGAUCGCGUGCCAGUUUGCCGCUGCCGCUGCCGCGCGAGCCGCAGUGCCGGUGAUCUGGGGCGUCGGGUUGUCGCGGCUGCACGCGCGGCACAAGCUGCUCGGCUACCAGUGCAUCAGCGCCAUCCGCGCUCCCCUGCCCAAGGCCGCCGCGGUGGAGCUCGCGUGCGCCUUCGCGGUUCAGACCGCCAUAACGCACACGCGACCGGUGGAGGAGAAAUACCGCGUGCAUGCGGUGGCUGCGGUCAUCGCGAUAGUGGUUUAUGCAGGUGGCAGUGUGACAGGAGCAGUGAUUAACCCGGCGCUGGCCUUCUCCACACAGUUCCCCUGCAGUGGAAACUCCUUCCUGGAGUACUGCCUGGUGUACUGGCUGAGCCCGCUGCUGGGGAUGAUGAGCUCCGUGCUGCUGUUCGAUAAACUCGUCCCCCUGCUGGCGGGGAAGUCUCCAUCCCUCCGUCUCCCCCAGGAGACCAAGAAGACGGCAUGAGCCAGCUGGGGAAGGGGACUUCUCGUUUAUCACUCUGAGGCUCAGCAACACUUCUGUUUUAUUCUGAAACUGUUCAAAGUUAAACACACACACAAGCAUAACUAAAUCACCAGAUAGCCUGCUGCUCGCAUGGCGUUGGGGCAGAUUGCAGCAUGUCAGUCAAUCUUCCAAACAAUUAGCUUGUCGUUGCAAUACGUUGCCAGGUUCUGUGUGUAUUGAAAUAAUGUACUCCAUUUAAUUCCUUCGUUGAUCAACAAACAUUUACCAGAGAAAGUUGAGAAUGGGAUGUUCUGUGUAUGAUAAUACGGCAAAAACCUUUAUUUGUAUAAUCAAACAAAAGAACAUGGCUUCCUAGAGAAAAUGUGUAGCUCUUAGGAUGUUUAUAGCUAAUGUGACAUUGCAGAGCCAAGCACAGUGUAGGAAUGUAGAGCACACGGGUCCAUGUGAGCACAGGUUCAACUGGUGCCUUCGAGUUCUCUGUAAAGGCAGAUUAAACUGUUGAAAAUAAAAAUAUUGAUUGGUGAGGUUUUCUUUGCAACCAACUGAAUCACA